GUUACGCUUCCCUUGAAACUAGUACCCAGCUUAGAUCAAACGCUUGUUGACAUAUCGACAGUUUUACAAGUAUAUAUUCGAACCCUCCACUUCUGAAAUUUGAUUUUACCGGGUUGACACGUUGCGACUGUUAAGAUUUUACAGACAAAAGUGUUAUGAAACUCCAAAUAUCCGUGGCAUCUUUGGCUUUGAAUUGUAGCGUGGCGUCGAGUUGAGACUGACUAUGAACACCGCUACCAAGUAAAUCCGAAGGCGAAGGUUGAACGUAACCAAAUUUAUUUCGUUGGCGAUCUCCUGGUAUUGAACGAAUACCAAGAUCGUGCCAAGGAAUGGUACAAGUGGAAACAGGAGGAAGGAGUACGUGCGAACAGUACCAAAAACCGCGGAACAAUGAUGGAAGGUAAUGGAAGCGCAAAAUGGCUAUGAUUAGCACAGUUAAACAAAAGCACAUUAAAACAGUCACUGGUACAAUUGGUUUAAUAAUAACUGUUUUCAAUGAACCAAUCGUGUUCUCGUGAUAAAAGUGAGUCACUACAGAAUCAUUCACCUUAUAUUAUAACCUUCCUCAAUAUUUCGGAGCAAUUAAUUUAACUGUUAUCAACUGGACAAAUCUCUUUCCUUCAAAGUAGCUUUGUUGGAGGUUAACAAGAUUUUGGGAUUUCAGUAGGUAUGAGGAAGUUUCCUUAUUUGGCUCAUUUGGCAAUAUCCUUGCAAAAGGAUCAAAUUAGGCACACUUUUGACUUUCUGUACCUACAAAAACCAUUAAAAGGAUAGUUUUAUUAUGUUUUUGUGUUAUUCAGCCAUACGAGACAGUAACCGGCAAACGAAACCAUAUUUUGUUUGCCCUCGCUACUAACUUUCAACAAUUUCAUUUACUCUAAAGGCGGUGGUUUGGAGUUUUCAUGUUUGUGAUGGGACGACUGGGGAGGAUUUUGGAUUUGUUUUUAAUUUUGACCGUAAAUUGUCAGCCAUCUGUCAAUUUAAGGGAGUAUCCUAAUACUGCGUCAGCAGCUAGCGGGCAGUUUAUGCACCAAGAGGCUAAUGCAAAUACACCCAUUGAAAAUCUUGACACUCAUUCCACGUACUCGUCCCCAAUAGUUUCAGAUGGUAAUCAUGUAAAUAAUCCAACAAACGGAAAGCCUAGUCAUCUCGAUUCUCCACGUUUUCAUGAAGCAUCACGUGGUCAAGAUUCAUCGUCAUUUGAUCACAGUUCGAAUGUUAAUAUUGAUGAAACACGUGGUUCUAAUCAUGAGUCUCCCAUUGUCAAUCAAAAACAUGACCAGUCAGGUUCUAGUCAUGGUGUGUAUACAAGUAUGCAUAAAAAAACAACUCACAAUGCUCAGCAGAUACCAACAGUGUCUAAUAUUUCACUCCCAAACAUGGUCCGUGGACCACAACCGAGUCCAGGUGGUCAAGCACAUGAUUUCAUAUACAAGGAUAUCGGGUUGGACAACCGUUUGUCUCAAGGACAAGUACCAGGUGCUGGAAUUAAUCAGCCACCACCAAACUAUUUCGAUAAUGAACUUGGCUCUAUGGUGUCUAACCAUGGUCCUGAGUUGUCCGAACGCCGUCACUUUCAUGAUAGCAAGGACACUCUGUUUAAAGAUCCUAGUGAUAACACUGUAUCUAGAUCUCAGUGGGAAGCUGGAGAUCAAAGUAGUUCUCAUAAUAGACCCAAAAAGUCACGGAGAGAUACUUCGUCGGAGUACCAAUUAGAUGAAAUUUUUUCUUUACCAUCACGUGAAGAUCCAAUACAGAAUCAGGCUGAUUUUGUUUCUUUGGUCGUAAUUGUACCUCCCGGGGUGAAGCACUGCUACUUCUAUAGACCAAUCACUAACUUUGAUGUCGAAUAUCAAGUUCUUAAAGGAGGUCAUUUAGAUAUCGGCAUAUUCAUUCGGGAUCCCGAAGGAGAACCAAUCGCUAUCCGACCACCGCUAUCAGACUCUCAAGUUUCAAUAUCUGUUCCGAAAUACUUCCGACUUAUGCCAUACGCAAUUUGUCUAGACAAUAGAAAAGCUAGUUAUGCGUAUAAAAAUGUCUAUUUCUCUGUAGAUGCUAAUUUAAAUUGGGAUAAUCCUAGUGAACUGGAACGACAAGCAAUCGAAACUUUACGUAAUAAUCCGUUGGUGAGUUCACAAGCUCAAGCGGCAAGUGCUGAACAUGCGGAAAACAUUAAUAAGCUUAUGGCACAAUUGGAUAUAUUAUUUGGCCGUUUACGACGCAUCGAGCAUAUGCAACAACGUUCUAGUAAUUUUGACUCUGCAGAUAAAUCAUUGAUGGAGGGGAACUUGGAGCGCAUCAUGACCGGUUCAUUGUUUCAAGUUGUUCUUAUGAUUGCCGUAGCAACUGUUCAAGUUGGUCUUAUUCGAUCUUUAUUCGACCAACAAAGUUAUUUUUACAAAAUCUGGUUUGGAAACAGAUCUCGAAACCUAAAUGCCCGUUGUUAAUCUUGAAUUGAUUCAGUCAAACAUUCUAGUCUGUAUUAGCCUUUAAUGUGGUUUCCUUAAUAUCGAAAUUUAUUUAUGCAUUUGUUUUGUUUUGUGAACUUAAAAUAUUUUUUUGAUUUGUAUGUAUACAAUAUCUGUUUAAACCGGAUUUUCCUGCUGUCAAUUUGACGUCUACUUAAUUUUAAUAGCCUGUAUUUUCUCUUUCAUUUGCUAUUUCGAAUUACGAUAUCUCUGUAAUAAAGAUGGUGCUAAUUUGUCUUCAGUUUUGUUUUCGCUACUUGUUGUGCCCUAUUAUUUGUUGCUUAAAUUUAUCUACCUUAAAUAAUAUUUUCCUUGUAGUAGAUGGGAAGAGUGGUAAAAGUAAACGACUAGUCAAUCUUGGUUAUUGUCGGUUGUGUUUUGCAAAGAGACACUUGAUUUCAUUUCUUAGUAUAUAUGUGACAAUCGUAUCUACAUUUGUUUCAUCAGAUUACCCUAAACUUUUGACGGAUAUUUUAGGUUGAACAUACUCAUUCAGUAGAGUAAGAAGCCCCUUAGCUCAUGUUACUUGUCACUUGACAUGUAUUAAUGUCUUUCUCAAGACUGACACCAACUUGUCAGUUCGAAGUACAGUGAGUUGAUUUGUGCUGUUCUGCAUUUCGAUUCGCAGGUUUUAUUGUUAUUUCACCCUCUAUGGUCCUAAUACUUGACAUUAGUUUUAUGCUCAUUGGCACUUUUGUUUAGAUUGUAUGGGUUUUUUGCUAUUAUUGUCUGAUAGUUUAGUGAUGAAUAUUGACAGCAAUCGACUUCUGUUCCACUUUUUCACUGCAGAUCGGGUUUCACUGCUCGAUAUUUUGUAAUAAAUUUUCUCAAGUGUGUGGUAAAAAUGAAUACCCAGAUAGUUUUGUGGUUUGUUUGUUGCACGUGAUUUAGAUCAAAAAUGAAGUCAGUACGUGUUUGAUCAUUAAAUACAAUUGGGGAGGCUAUUUUCAUUUUCACUUCAGUGGUCACUAUAAUAUACGCCGUAUAAUUUUCCCAUAUAAAACAUAUAUUACUUCCCUGGACCCUAUGAAAUUUGGACAUUUGUUUUCAAAAUUACUAAGUGAUUCUGUUUCAUUUCUCGCUGUUAGGGUCAAUUAAUUGAUCGUAAUGUAUGGUCAGAAGCACCAAGGUGCCAUUACUUUAGUGAGAACCUUAAUUUUCGUUGGAAACAUGCAUCAUCAGUUUAGUGAGAGAUCUGCAUUUCGUUUUCUGGACAAAUUUGUUAACUCUCGUGUACUUUGAAUUCUUGCAUGAAAAUCAUGUGAAUAAAUGAUCAUUGUUGGUAAAUAUUCGCGCAUUCUGUACAUCUAAACUGUAAAAAGUUUUGCGUAAAACAAGCAGGCACACCAGUUGUUAAUAUUUUGGUUCAUUUAGCACUAGGAUAUACAACAUUUCAAAGUGAUGUACUAGAGGCCAUGCGAUUUUCAGUUUUUAGAGGUAAUAUGUUUGGGUGCUAACAGAUGUUUCAUUAUUCGUAUCACAAGCAAAUUCAUCUUGGAAGUUAUUUAGCCGAUAAAUGAGUUAGUGUGUAAUCUACCAAAUAGUUUGUAGAGAAAAGUAUACCUGGUACUAAAUCCAUUGUGAUAUUUGCUCUCCUGAUUACCUUUCAAAAAUGAAUUAUUAUCCCUGCUUAGAUGGGUCAAACUACAGAAGUUACGGGUAAUGAUGACGAACUGUGGAAAACAGCAUCAGAAGCAGGAGAAAAGUUCAGUGCUUUGUACUAUCGUGCUUUUGACAAGCCGAACAGGCCCGAUUUACCUGGAUUUUUUAUGGAUAAUGUUGUUCUUCUGUGGAAUGGGAAUCGUGUGGAAGGUCAACAACUAGUGGUUGACUUCUUCUCUAAGCUUCCAGACAGUACAUGCACCUUACACUCAUUAUCUUGUCAACCAGUACAUAAAAGUUUAAGCGGUGACCGAUUAUUGGUUUUGGUAAAUGUGUUUGGUACCAUUAAAUUUGAACAACAUCCUACCCAUAUUUUCUCCGAAACAUUUUUCUUAACACAGGAGUCAAAUUUAUGGAGAGUACAGUCAGUUACAUUUCGCUUUAUCGACUAAUCCCUAUAGUUUUGAUGUUGAUGGAAACAUAUUUUUCGUAUUGCUUUUUGAUUGUGGAAGAGAAUAUUUGUAUUACUGUCAUAUUUUUUCAUAAUUUUUAUAUGUAGUACGUCAGUUAUCUGGGGAUUUUGUAAUAAUAUUUGGUUGUCGUUUGCAAAUUAUUUGUUGUAAGCUGAUAAUCGAAACAUGUGUUUAAAAAGAGAAUUUAAAAUGGAAAUUAUCCUUUGUUGUACUGUUUUUAUCAUUAUUAUGUUUGUAUAUUUUAUCGGUAUGUGUGGCGAUGUAAUAUUGUUCGAAAAUCAAGGUAAAUACAGAAAUAAUCACUCACAAACUGUAAAUAAACUCCAAAAAUACGUAUAUUCGAAGAUGAAUGUAAUUUCCUAAGACUUUCUAAACAAUCUAAGUAGAUCUUGUUUCAGAUGCUUCGCUGCAGACUUGUCUUUAAAUGUAUACUGUAAUACUGAAUUUUUGAUUAUUCCAUCAAUGUACUUCGCACAAGCAAGCAUGUUUGAUUCAGUUCACAAAUGACCCAUUAGAUUGCCUAAUUACUUGAGUUUAUUAUUUAUGAAAUAAAGAAGUAUGUGAUAUUGUUUUAUUUUCAAUUUAAUGUAUAUCAAUGAGCCAAUUUUUUCACAGUGUACAUCCAUAGUUGUUUAUCAGUUACUCAGUUAAAACGUAGGACCAGGCAAUAUAAAUGCAUCAGUUCAAGUCCCCAUAAACUCAUUAGCAUAAGAUGAAAACCAAAUUCAUAGAAGCAGUUACUUCAGUGGUAGUAAAAAAACAAAUUUUAUAUGAGGAUAAGACACAGCGAGAAAGAAAGGUAUGAAGUGCAUCUAACCUCACGGUUUAAAGGAAGACAAAGAGUGUAGUUGAUUCUAAGCCAUGUCACCCAGAUUCUCCAACCAUUAGUUACGAUAGUCGCGCGGACCCCAACCAAGUAGUCUGACUCUACCAACAUGGAUAAGACUUUGUGAACUGAUGCCAAGUUUUGUUUUGACCGCACUUAACUUCCAGACAUCCUCAACACUAGUCAGCAUUGCGCGUCGUGAUAACCGGUGUUCAGGUAUACGUAACACGUGGCCCAACCUUCUCAGUCGAUGAAGAUUCACAACGUCAUCAACUGACUUACCAUCAUUAAAUAGAACAGAACAAACUACCGCGCAGUGCACUCGUCUUUUAAUUGAUAGACGGAUAUCUCGCCUUCGCCAUAGGUGACGUAAGUUGGCAAAGGCCGGACGAGCUUUUUGCAUCUGUACUGAGAUUUCGUCAGACACCAACCCAUUAGGGCUGAUCAGCUUCCAAGGCAAGUGAAGUUGUCAACGCGUUCGACUACUUUACUCCCUAUCCUUAGUUCAGGUGUUGACUCGGGCCAGUCCCGGAGCAACGACUCGCAUUUACAGGGAAAGCGCAUCCCAAACAUUGUGGGAUUGUUGCUGAGUGCUACCAAGACACUACAUUUUAUCAACGUCUUCACCAAACAGGACUAUAUCAUCU